CCGCGUCCUGCCGGCCCGGCCUCUCGGGCCUCGCCGCUCUCCGCCGCGUUCCGCGUCCCUCCCGCGCAGGGUCUGAGACCCCUGCUCGACCGCGGCCUCCGGGGGCGCCGUGCGGCCUUCUCCUUGCGCUCCACGGACAGGGAGCGGCUUUCGGCUGGCAUUGGGCCUUCACUCGCCCUUCCGUCGGGGUGCAGUGGAGCCCAUGCAGAUUGACGUAGAUCCACAAGAAGAUCAGCAAAAUUCACCUGAUAUCAACUAUGUGGUGGAGAACCCCACGCUGGAUUUGGAGCAGUAUGCGUCCAGCUACAGUGGGCUGAUGCGAAUCGAGCGGCUGCAGUUCAUCGCUGACCACUGCCCACAGCUGCGGGUGGAAGCUCUCAAGAUGGCUCUGUCAUUUGUCCAGAGAACUUUUAACGUUGAUGUGUAUGAAGAAAUCCACAAAAAGCUGUCUGAGGCCACGAGAGAACUGCAAAAUACACCUGAUGCUGUCCCUGAUAGUGGAAUUGAACCCCCUCCUCUUGACACAGCUUGGGUUGAAGCUACACGCAAGAAAGCUCUUCUUAAACUGGAGAAACUCGAUACAGAUCUGAAAAAUUACAAAGGGAACUCCAUCAAGGAGAGUAUCAGGAGAGGCCACGAUGAUUUAGGUGAUCAUUACCUGGACUGUGGAGACCUCAGCAAUGCUCUCAAGUGUUACUCGCGAGCCCGUGAUUACUGCACCAGUGCUAAACACGUCAUCAACAUGUGUCUCAAUGUUAUCAAGGUCAGUGUCUACCUCCAGAACUGGUCUCAUGUUCUGAGCUAUGUUAGCAAGGCUGAGUCUACACCAGAAAUUGCAGAACAAAGAGGAGAAAGAGAUAGCCAGACACAAGCAAUUCUCACCAAACUGAAAUGUGCAGCAGGCUUGGCCGAACUAGCUGCCCGGAAGUACAAACAGGCAGCAAAGUGCUUCUUGUUGGCAUCAUUUGAUCACUGUGAUUUCCCUGAGCUGUUAUCUCCCAGCAAUGUGGCUGUGUAUGGUGGGCUCUGUGCCCUUGCUACAUUUGACCGUCAGGAACUGCAACGAAAUGUUAUCUCCAGUAGCUCCUUCAAAUUGUUUUUGGAGCUGGAGCCACAGGUUCGUGACAUAAUCUUCAAGUUUUAUGAAUCUAAGUAUGCUUCAUGCCUGAAGAUGCUGGAUGAGAUGAAGGACAACUUGCUGCUAGAUAUGUACCUUGCACCUCAUGUCAGGACACUUUAUACCCAGAUUCGAAAUCGUGCCCUUAUCCAGUACUUCAGCCCGUAUGUGUCGGCAGACAUGCGCAAGAUGGCCACUGCUUUUAACACCACAGUGGCUGCUCUGGAAGAUGAACUCACUCAGCUGAUCUUGGAGGGGCUGAUCAAUGCCAGAAUAGACUCGCACAGUAAGAUUCUGUAUGCUCGAGAUGUAGAUCAGCGCAGCACAACUUUUGAGAAGUCUUUACAGAUGGGCAAAGAGUUUCAGCGCCGUGCCAAAGCGAUGAUCCUGCGAGCCGCGGUCCUGCGCAACCAGAUCCAUGUCAAGUCUCCUCCGAGGGAAGGUAGCCAAGGGGAGCUCACUCCAGCUAACAGCCAAUCCAGAAUGAGCACCAACAUGUGAAAAACUUCGUGCACUACCAAAAGAAAUGGUCCCUCAGGACUGUACCCAGUGUCUCACCCACUAACUGCUGAGCUUCACAAACUGUCCCUAUCUCCCUCACUUCUUGCUCGGAUUGAGAGAGUCAGGGUUGGUGGUGGAUAAUAUGAAUAUUCCAAUAACUUCAAUUCUCCUUGAAAAGAAAUUCUUUUUAAAAACAGCAUCCCUGCAAAUGGGUCAUCAUUUCAGUUUUGGUAGAAACCUUCACUCUCCUUCCACCACUCCAUAAAGAGCUUCAGGUUAUCCAUACAGAUGCUGAGUUGAGAGUUUUUCAGUUGCUAAUAGUUUUCUUGUUUCAAAGUUGCAAAAAUAGUUAGUUGCAUUUUGCUGGCCUGAAAGUAUUGCCUCAAUUUUGAGCAAUGCUGAGCUUUCUGUUUUCCAAAUAAACUUACAAGUGCAUUGCUCUCAAUUAUGGAACUAGAGUUCUGAUGGGGGAGGAGAUUUCCUUUGAGAAACUUCUUGGAGAAUUUUCACCUGUAGCAGAAAACAUGGCAUUGCUUCCAUGCAUUCAGUCACAGGCCUUUAUUUUAGGGUUUUAUGUUUACCUGCAGCCAGGUUCUCUCUCUCUCUCUGGUCUCUAUUUUCAAAGAACUGUUUCCUGAUGUGUUUCCCUCUUGUGUGUGACCUGGCUUUAGGGUCCAGUGUUAUCAUAGCAGUAAAUCUCUACUUCAUGCAAAUAUUGCUGCUUGCCCAGUCUUACUGCCAUAGUGUGUAAUGGUUUCCCCACAUGUGCAACAGUUGUUUUGGGUAGAAUGGAUAAAUGCCAUAGAACACCACUCAAGUCUUGUGGAAACCCUAAAAAGAGUCAGUCUAGUGCCCACUCUCCAGGUGCAUUUAUUCUGCUUUUCUUUUUAUAAAGGGGUUAAAGUUGGCAGCCCAGUGUGUGUGUGUUUUUCCUCCUGUGUUCAUGAAAAGAGAUAUGCACUGAAUUUUCUGAAGUCACUGCAGCCUUGUAUUCAUCUAAUCCAUAAGGCAAGCUGAGAAUUUUGAUCCAGCCCUGACUGGUCUGGCAAGUGACUACAGAUGUUACUUUUAAUGUGUUCAUGCCUUUUUUUUUAAAAAUAAGUUGUUAUAUCUAGUGCAUUAAACAGCAGGAUUAAAAAACUUCCGAGUAUUUGGAAUUUUGUGUUAAAGUUGGGUUUUAGGUAUUUUGAUCUCAAGCCAUUGUUUUUUUGUUAAGCUUCAUGAUGUUUCAUAGGCGAUUGUUUUGCUUUCUGAUCUGGUUGGAGAUGCAGCUUGGAUGAAAUGUAAAGAAAGUGCAGUUUGAAGAAACAUUCAAACAGCAAAAUUCCUGUAGCAACAGUGGUCUCUCCUGGCUUUCCAUGCUUUUUAUUACUUAGGUGCUGAAAAUGGAAGCAAUAGUUUCUGUGAGGUCUUUGGUUACAUUUGGCAUGGAAAAAUUCUCCCAUUUUUGAGGGAAGAACUUAGUGUCAAGCAUCACUGAUGGCCAGUUUAGUGAGAAAGGCAAGUUGAGUCCUUGGGUAAAUUGCUGUACAUCCUUAUAAGAAAUGCUGGGAAAGUUACACUUUCUGUUUGUGUUGAAGGGAAGCUUUUCAGUCCUGAAAUGCUACUCAAACAUUUUUGCUUUCUUCCGCAGAUGGGCCAGUGAUAGUAUUUAUCAGGAAAAGAUGUUACACUCUGCUGUUUAGGAGAUGGUUUUGCAUCCCAGUGAAGUGCACCAUGCCAGGUGACCGUCUGUGCUCCCGCUUUCGGGAUUUUAAUUUUAUUUAUUUACAUCAGUCCCUUGCUGGAGGAUUUCUGCUGCAGGACUCCUCAGUGGUGCCUUGAGCUGACUGGAGUCUCUGUACUUCCAGACACCAGCAGCAUCACACAUCCCUCAGCAGCCCCAAGGGGCCCACAAGGUGGCAACAGCAGUUUCCAGCUCUGGCUGUGGCCUGAGGCCAUUCUGUACACUGGCAGGCAUGGUUAAGUUUUUGUCCCUCCAGACAAAAGUGCUUGCAGCCUCUUUGGGAGUUAUCGAGCAUUUCUCUUUUAUUACACAGGCAUCGUUGAUGCUUUGUGCAGAAUUACUGGCAUGUAACUCUCUCCUUUAGCCUGUGAAAGAAGCUGCCGUUGCUUUUGGAUCUUGUAGAUGGGAGUCAGGCUGCACUUUUUCUCUUUAAAAUUUUUUUUUAGAUCUUUCUCAGAUCUCAUUUCAUAACCUGUUUCUCAAAUAAACGCAAUUGGCUUUCUUUUUUUCUUUUGUGAAA